UGGGGCCAGUUAGUUAUUCUGAGGGUAGAUCGGUCAUUUUCUUUGGAAAUUUCCCCAUGGCAAUGUCAUCUCCCGAUCCACUCGUCUCAUCUCACCGGAACCUUCCCCCGCGGCAGCCCUGGAAUACCACCGUCAAGAAACUCCCCGGCUACCUCCUGCAGCGCCGGCGCGAGGACCUGGGCGACGGGGCGGGGCGAGGUCCUGGAGGCAAUCCCCGGUUGUGCUUGGUCGUAGUUUUCGCGAGAGGGAGCCACGGGCGCGAGGACAUGGGUCAGGAGCUGGCCGAAGACGCCGGUGCGAGGACCAUGGCUUGGGGUCGCUCCCCCACGGCCCUGCCGACGCCGGCGCGAGUUCCUGGAGUCGAACCCCCGGCUGAGUUUGGCGUAGUGGUCGACCAAACGGAGCAAGGUUGGCAAAAAAGGAGCAUUUCAAAGCUUGGCAUUAUCUCAGCAUAGUCACAACGUAGGGGGGGCAACAUUGUCAGCAACUUUGAAGGCCACGUUGUUGCAAUCUUCCAAAUGUGCUAGCAGCAAAAAAAGGCGAGUGCAUAUUGUUAAUCUCCUUGAAACAAAACUCUCUUCUUCUUUUUUUCAAAUUGCUUUACUGACCAUGCUCUGUUUUUCAAGGAUGAGUAAAUUACAGGCAAUCAGGAACCAGCAGCUACUUCUUCCAUCAAUUCUUCAAUCUUUGCUCCAUAUUUUUGCUCAUAACUAUCCAUCGGUUCCUAGUUUGCAUAUAGGCUGAAGUUCUUGUUUCAAAUACUUGGAGACACUUUUGAUCCAGUGGCAACUUGCGGGCGUAAAUAAUGUACGUUAUAAUGUCACAGAAGGGAGUUUCACAGUUCGUAUUGUAUGUCAUGGACGCUGUCAGAUUAUGGUGAAUCCAUUUCAUGCAGUUUACUUUCAGUUCUUCCGAACAUAUGUCAUGUACAAUAAAUUUCAGAGUCCAGACAGAAAUUUAGGAACCAAUGAUGUUUAUCGAGUGAAAGAAAUUGCAUUAUGGCA